AUGGGGCCGUUGUGGCCCCAGAUGGCGCAAUCUACUGCAUUCCAGCUGAGGCGGAGGCGGUUCUGCGAAUUGAUCCUGAUAGUGAUCGCGCUGAAAUCAUUGGAGACCCCAUGCCGGGACGAUGGAAAUGGUAUGGCGGCCUCAUGGGUUCUGAUGGCUGCAUCUAUGGUAUGCCCUAUUACGCCAACAGCGUGCUGA